AUGAAGCUCGUGCGCCUGCUCGUCGGCCUGCUCGUGGUCGCGCUGCUCUCGUGCUCCGGCAACUUGUGCAUCCUCGCGUCCAAGCACAAGGGCCGCGUCCUCUACAGCAGCCUGACCGUCACUCUGCUCACUGAAGCGCUCAAGGUGCUCGUCACGGGCGGCACGCUCGUGUUCACUGGCCCAUCGCCGCCCCCGCGCUUUGUAUCGACGGAGACGCUGCUGUACGCCGUGCCGUCGGUCCUGUAA